UGAAGAACAUGAAGAGGGAGAAGAGGUUCCUGAAGAAGAAGUACACCAUGAAGAAGUUUAUGGAAACGAAGAAGAAGACGAGGAGGAGAAGCCAAGGAUGAAGCUGACUGCUCCCAAAAUCCCAGAAGGAGAGAAAGUUGACUUUGAUGACAUCCAGAAAAAGCGUCAGAACAAAGAUCUGAUUGAGCUACAGGCCCUGAUUGAUCUUCAUUUUGAGAAUAGGAAGAAGGAAGAAGAGGAACUGAUUGCUCUGAAAGAGAGGAUUGAAAAACGCAGAGCAGAAAGAGCUGAACAGCAAAGAAUUCGUGCUGAGAAGGAAAAGGAGCGUCAGGCCAGGCAGAUGGAGGAGAAAGCAAGAAAGGAAGAGGAGGAUGCCAGGAGGAGGGCUGAUGAUGAUGCCAAGAAGAAGAAGGCUCUGAGCAGCAUGGGUGCUCAAUACAGCAGCUACCUUGCCAGGGCUGAUCAGAAGAGAGGGAAGAAACAGACUGAAAGGGAAAAGAAGAGGAAAAUCCUUGCAGAAAGGCGCAAGCCACUCAACAUUGAUCACCUUAAUGAAGACAAGCUUAGGGAAAAGGCCAAGGAACUACAUGACUGGCUGUGCCAACUAGAAUCUGAAAAAUUUGAUAUGAGUGAAAAACUGAAGAAGCAGAAGUAUGAGAUUACUACAGCCAGAAAUCGCAUUGACGAACUUCAAAAACACAGCAAGAAGGGUGCUGGCAAGGGCAAAGUUGGUGGCCGCUGGAAGUAAGUGGUUGAAGCAGAAGUCUCCACUGCAGCAUGACCUGACUGCAUUGUCUCAAGCUUGGAUUCUAGCUCAACUCAAGUGGCAAACAAUCUAUAUAGCACUAUUAAGUCCAAUGCUUAGAAAUAAUCUAUUUUACUCUGAUUUGCACAUUGGAUCUAUGACAAUUAUCCCCUUUAUUUACAGAUGUUAAUAUAGCGCCCAUCCUCUUCUAUUACAAACAACUGUCCUAACAUUCUUGUUUUUGUAAAUAAAGUGUGGUAUCUAAUUUA